AUGGCUGGUCUGAUCGACCCGACCGUCGCGGGCAAGUAUCCCGUCAUUCUCGGCGAUGGGCUGCUGGGAAAGACGUCCAACGAAAUAUUCACAGGCAUUAGAUAUAACCACAAACCUGUGCUAUCCUCCGACGAUGCUCCCAACAGUGCCCGCCUCAAGCCUUCGCUCCCCGGCAAAACAGACUCAUACGACUUGUCGUUUACAGACGACGACGGCGCGUACCUAUACACCGGCUCGAGAAACACCAGCAGCAGUCAAUAUGUCCUGCACUUCGAUAGCGAGCGCAAGGCCUUUAUCCUCGACAAGAUCGACUCCACAUUCAACAUGAACGUCACCCGGCUGCCGGGGAACUCGGACUCGGCCCGUCUAAGUCGGCAGUAUCCUCACCUCGACAGCAAACAAGGAGCAGAAGCGCAGCCCCAGCGAGCCGCUGCGAAAAAGACCACCGCACCCAAGGGCACAUCUGCGACCUCGGCUGCAAAGUCACAACCCAAAGAACCCAAGCGCAAGGCGGAGAAGAAGCAGCAAGCCAAAGAAGUGGCUCUGUCUUUCCCCGAGCCACAAAGGGAGAAGCCCAAGCCCAAACCAAGCUCCUUUGACGAAGAGGAGGACGAGGACGAAGAUGAUGACGGGGGCUUGCUGAUCGAGUACCCCGGUGCCGACACUACUGCUAGACAAACCGACUUUUCGCCAGCAUUCCCACCCCCGAGGCGGUUUGACGACUUUAUGGACCAGCGAGACUCCGAGGCCGAUGAUGCGGAUGGGGAGAGUGACGACGAACCAGACAUGGACUUCAAGCUACCUAGUCCUGUGAAUCAUCAUCGACCGGAACCGACGGACGAAGACGCCAUGGAGAUGGAGCAUGACGAGGGCGACGGCGACGUUGGCGAUGAUUUGGAGGAUGUUCUAGAGAAGGAGAUGGAGGAGGCGUUUGAGGAUCUGGCGAAUAGCCAGGAGGAAACGCCCAUGGGAGGCGACGAGAGCGAGAUUAGCGAAGAGGACUAA